AUGAAAUACAGAUUCCCUCAUUUAACAGUGGGUUCGACACUGCUCUCGUAUUUGGCUGUUGCUCACGUUAUACUUGAGACUCCCAAACCCUUUCGUUUCGUUCAAUAUGGUCCGACUAAUCCAAUUUCGCCGACAGGCUCAGAUUUUCCUUGUAAGAUACCAGCUGGCAGAACAUUAGAACUCGACGGCGUGCCGACUGUUAUGGCCAUUGGGGAUGAACAGACAGCCACGUUCUCUGGGAAUGCAGUUCACGGAGCCGGGUCUUGCCAGUUCAGCUUAAAGGGGCCUGUCAGUAACGGUUCUUGGGCAGAUUAUCCCUUGAAGGACUCCGGUUGGAAAGUCAUUCAUUCAAUUGAAGGUGGGUGUCCAGCACGCAAUGUAAAAGGUAACAUUGAUGGCCCAAAUCGAAACAAAUAUCCCUUCAAGAUACCAGAAGGAAUCGAUCCAGGAGACUAUAUAUUCUCAUGGACUUGGCUAGCUCGAAUCGGCGGAGAACCGGAAUACUACCAAAAUUGCGCCCCGGUAACUGUCACUCCCCCCAAGAUCAAACGAAAGACCAAGCCAGAUCGCCGAGCGUUGCUUGCCAGGAAGACGGAGUUUCCCGAGCUCUUUAUGGCCAACAUGGGGGAAGUCUCAGGGGGGUGCACGACCGAAGAUGCUUUGAAAGCACAGCUCGCGAUCGCAUUCCCCGAUCCCGGUCUUUCAGUCGACCACCCAGAAGGCACCGCGAACUUGUUCAAGCAACAGUGCGAUGGGAACCCCCGAGCAAGAAAAGGGCAAGGUGAGAAUUUUGAGGCUAAUCCGACCUCCACGCUAACCUACGGAUCGUCGCUCACCUUAUCUUCCUCUUCUACCUCCGUCAUUUCAGCUCCCUCGGCACCCUCGUCGUCGUCAGCUGGGAUGAUGUCGACUCCCACAUCUGAUCUACCAGUACCUUCUACCUCGGCUUCUGAAACAUGUGUUGAGGGCCACCUUACGUGUCUUAACGACGGCGCCCAUUUCGCGAUAUGUACUGGUGGACAGUUGACGUCUCCACAGCCUGUGCCGGCCGGAUUCAACUGCAAGGUUGGAUCCGGUGUUGGCCUUGACACUUUCCCGGUGUAACAUUGUUUCUCUUAUUCACGGGAUACUGGUUUGGGGUUGCCCCAGAAUUUUCUUUCAACGUAACUCUAUGUUAACAUCGAGUGAAUAUACUAGGAUUAUCAAGUACCUAUUACUAAACUUGAUGGCGGUGGUAACCCUCAAUGUAUGUUGGUUUCUCCGCGAUGUCGUAUACCUAGGUAGGUACGGAUUCCUUAUUUCUUUUGAGUAGUAUGAUUGUGACUUUAGGUCUGAGAUAGUUUCAUGUGGAAUUUGAGUGGAGUAUCGUGAAUCUAAUCUGUGAGCCCGUUCAAUAUCCCGCGCCCAUCUCUGAGAAUAUCCCACACUCAAGGAGGUUUAGGCGAAGAAGCCUCUUCAUGUUCUUAGAGCCCUCAGAACUAGAUUAAUUACCCUAUUCAGAUCCUCGAUUCACGCUAUCGGGAUCAGACCACC